AUGUCCCAAAUAGCUGUUGUUGAUAAGAAAACAUUCAAUUAUUUGAUGGAGGAACCACCAGGAAGAUGGGCUCGUUCACAUUGUCCAAGACGACGAUAUGAUAUGUUAACAACAAAUAUUGUUGAGUCAAUGAAUAAUGUUUUGAGACGCACAACAAAAUUGCCACUUUUAACAAUGAUGGAUUUCAUACAAGAAAAAUUGCGAAGCUGGUUCUAUGAAAAAAGGACAACUGCAGAAGGAAUAUUCCGUGAGAUAUCAAAUUGGGCAGAAGCAACAUUGGAAGAAAAAAUUAAACCAACUUUUACAUUUAGAGUAUUGCCCAUUGAUCGACUCAAAUUCAAUGUCAAAGAAGGGGGUAUGAAAUUUAUUGUUGAUCUAGACAAAAGAACAUGUGAUUGUUCUGAAUUUCCGCUAGAUGAGAUACCCUGUGAACAUGCAAUUGCUACAAUUGACAGGAUAUAUCAAAAGAAAUCGGCCUUUUGCUUAGCCUAUUAUUCAAGGGACUUUUGGUUGAAAACAUAUGAAGGACAUGUAAAUUCUGUAGGUGAUUCAACAACAUGGGUUAUACCAGACAAUGUUAAAUCAGAAAUCACUAAGUCUCCAGAUGCAAAAGUAAUGCUAGGAAGAAGACAGAAGAAUCAACAUGUUUCCGAUACAGAAUUCAAGAAGGAACCAAGAUGUGGUCGUUGCAAAAAAUAA